UGUCAUACAGUUUUGAUAAUAACACUGUUUUGUUUUGUCACUACAGAGAUUCAAGGAUGAGAAACGUCCGUGCAAAAGCUCUCUUGCUGGCAGGAGUUCUUGGUCUGUUUGUCCUCCAUCUCUGUAAAGACUUUAUUGACAACAAAAUCUUCAACCUCGAAGAAGAUGUGAGGGAAGAUAAACGUCAAAUAAGGCAACUGAUACAAAAAAAAACCUAUGUGUAUUCCUGGACAGAAUGUCAACAAAAUAUGUCUGCCGCCAACAUCACAGGCUUCAAAACUCUUCCUCAGCACAUCCAAGACUUUCUCUAUUAUCGACACUGUCGCCAUUUCCCCAUGCUACUGGACCUUCCUGACAAAUGUGGAGGAGCUGAUAAAUCUGCAGAAGUCUUCCUUCUGCUGGUCAUUAAAAGUUCCCCUGGCAACUACGACCGUCGAGAGGUGCUGCGUAAAACCUGGGCUAAAGAGAGGCUACACAAUGGUGUGUGGAUCCGGAGGGUCUUCAUAUCAGGGACCAAAGAUACUGGUUUUGAGAAAGAGAGACUGAACAAACUACUCAAGGUAGAGCAACGUGAAUACAAUGACAUAAUCCAAUGGGACUUUCAUGAUUCAUUUUUCAACCUCACCUUGAAGCAGAUCCUCUUCCUGGAAUGGAUGGAACGAAACUGUCCAAACGCUCGCUUCCUUCUGAAUGGUGACGAUGACGUCUUUGCCCACACAAACAACAUGGUCGAGUAUCUCCAAGGCCUAAAGGACAACGAUGGAAGCAAACACCUCUUUGCUGGCCAUCUGAUCGCGGGCCAAGGGCCUGUGCGGGAGAAAAAAAGCAAAUACUAUAUCCCAGUGCAGGUGCAGAAGUCAGAGUCAUAUCCCUCUUACUGUGGUGGUGGGGGCUUCCUCCUGUCUGGUUAUACAGCUAUGGUUAUAUACAACAUGUCUCGGUCUAUUACCAUUCUUCCCAUUGACGAUGUUUACAUGGGGAUGUGUCUGGCCAAAGCAGCACUAAGUCCCGCUUCUCAUAUGGGCUUUAGGACUUUCGGACUGCGCUUGCCUUCAGCAAGUAGAGUACAGAGCGUAGAUCUAUAUGAUCCUUGUUAUUAUAGAGACCUCUUACUGAUACACAGAUUCUUAUCAGCUAGAAUGUAUUUCAUGUGGCAUAAACUAUCUGAUCUGAAUUUAAAAUGUGGACCUUGA